CCUUUGGUUGUAAACUCCAGCUUUAGAAUUCUUCUACUUCCUGUUCUCUGUAGAUCCAUGGGUUUGAACACCGAUGUAUUGUAAAAAAAUAAAUAAAUAAGAAUAUAUGGAUUUUAUGGAUUUUAUGACGUCCGUGAUUUCCCCUUCGUUUCCCACCACACCCUGCCCCACCCCACUCUCCCCGCACAUGACCCGUGUCACAUGACUCUAAGCUUCCAGACUCUCUCCUGGUUCAUGUUCUGUCACUCAGGCUGCUGGGAGCGAGGCUAGCCGUUAGCUUCAAGUAUCCACACGGUCGACAUGAGUUUCCUGGGAGGUUUGUUUGGGCCGGUGUGUGAGAUUGACGUGCUGCUGAACGAUGCCGAAAACAGGAAGACGGCUGAGUUGAAGACGGACGAUGGGAAAGUAGAAAAACACUAUUUAUUCUAUGACGGAGAGUCUGUGUCCGGAAAGGUGAAUCUAAAUGUGAAACAGGGGGGAAAGCGGCUGGAGCAUCAGGGAAUCCGCAUCGAGUUUGUCGGACAGAUAGAGCUGUUCUCUGAUAAGAGCAACACCCAUGAAUUUGUGGACCUUGUGAAGGAACUGGCUCUACCAGGAGAACUCACUCAGAACAGAAGCUAUGACUUUGAGUUCAUGCAAGUGGAAAAGCCCUACGAGUCUUACACCGGAGCCAACGUCAGGCUAAGGUACUUUCUCAGGGUGACAAUAGUUCGCCGCCUGUCUGACUUGGUGAAGGAAUACGAGUUAAUUGUCCACCAGUUGGCCACCUACCCAGAUGUCAACAAUUCAAUCAAGAUGGAGGUCGGCAUCGAAGACUGUCUUCACAUCGAGUUUGAAUACAAUAAAUCCAAAUAUCACCUGAAAGAUGUGAUUGUUGGAAAAAUCUACUUCCUGCUGGUGAGGAUUAAAAUCCAGCACAUGGAGCUGCAGCUCAUCAAAAAGGAGAUAACAGGCAUCGGUCCCAGCACGUCCACUGAAACAGAGACUGUUGCUAAGUAUGAGAUCAUGGAUGGAGCUCCGGUUAAAGGAGAGUCAAUCCCCAUCAGACUGUUCCUGGCUGGCUAUGACUUGACACCCACCAUGAGGGACGUCAACAAGAAAUUUUCUGUGCGUUACUUCCUGAACCUGGUGCUGGUUGAUGAAGAGGAUAGAAGAUACUUCAAACAACAGGAAAUCGUUUUGUGGCGAAAAGCCCCGGAGAAGAUCAGGAAAAGAAACUUCCACCAACGUUACGAGUCCCCCGAGUCCCGCACCGAGUCCCGCACUGAGUCCGUUAGUGCAGAGCAACCAGAAAUGUCACAUCCUCCUAUGUGAGCUGCCUCGCCUCCAUUACUCCAGGAAUAAAGAAGUCUGAGUCGCACACGUCUGCUGAAUGCUAACCUUCACGGCAAGAGCGCAAAAUCUAAGCUACCUAGCCUGUUAAAUCCAGGUGUCUCGAACUGAAAACACACACAAGAGUGAAGCCAUAAUGUCUCCUUCGUGCUGAAUGUUUAAACAAACAAAAUGCCACACAAACUUUGUUACUUUGCCCUGAAAUAAGAGAAUAUUUUUCUUGAUAUUAUCCUGUUCCCAUCCAAAGAAAAUGUACCUUCAAUUUUAAAUCGUAAACGAACGCUGGUUCAAUAUGUCAAAGCUAAUCAAAUCAUCUUUAAAGACAGGAUAAGCUGCAAUUCGUCAUUUAAUACACUUGCACAUACACAGUAUAUCUAAACAAGGUUAAAUGACACUCUGUUCUGGUUAGAAUUUUACAGCUGCUACUGGGUUUAGCAAAAUGUGUUACAAAGGUUUUGAAACUUUUCAGGUAAAAUGUAAUUAUAAAAAAAUACAAGAACUGGACAAAAAAGCCAGUCGGUUUCUAAGUCACCUCAAAAAUAGAAAACUGACAUGUUUGUUUUUUUUCCAGGCUUCUUUGUUAGUUAGUCCAAUGAUAUCCAUAUAAUAGAAUUUUUGCUUGUUGGUUUAAAAAAAACAACAAAAACAAACUGUAAACUGAGGUCAAUCACAUUUAUUGCAGAAACAGAAAACUUGACAUUAUUUUAUCUACAUCUACAAAGACAUUGUGCGGAGUGACCAAAUUUUACCAAAUCUACCAAAAAGUUAUGCUAAUUAUUAGAAGUUUGUUGUCAUUCAUAACUAUGAUCUGUUUUAUUUGCUAUUUCUCUCACAGUUAUCUUUGAUAACUGUAACUUAUAAAUUAUUAGUCUUGCAAAGUGAUCAUAAGAGCUCUUCAGAAAUGCCAAAAAUGUUAUAUGGUCUCUGUGAAGAAAAAUGUAUCCUCCGUGUUCCACAGGUGGAAGUCUUAGUGACUUCAGUUAAUUAGAAACUGGGAACCUAAAUUUAUUGUUACUAUUUUUAAACACCAACUUAUUUCGAUGGUAUUUGAAGAAAUUUGAGGGUCUAGGUUUUUAGGCGUGUUAUGUCAAGUUCUUUAAUAAUCAAGAAGAAUUUAAUUCAAACUUACAGUUAAAUAUAUUACUCAGUGGGGAUUUAACAGAAUGACACUAACUGACUCUCCUUGAUUUUGAUGCGGUUGAAUGGCUUUUUUGAAGCAGCAGAAAGGAUCAAUAUACUGUAAAACACAAA